AUGAGAGCACUUGCGCUUCUUUCGGGGCUUUCCUUCUACCCCUCUCGUGCUUUUCCGUCUCCAGUCGAUGUUAGUCAUGUGUCUCCAAGACAAAUCGACACAGGCAGCUUUCUCAAUCCCUCGUCGCUGUUCAAGCCAACUUUCCGAUACUGGCUUCCGGAUGCCAGUGUUGACGCCAAGAUACUGGCAAAUGACAUCAAGCAAUCGGCGGCUAUCGGUUCUGGCGGAGUAGAGCUUGUUGGCUUCUACGAAUAUGGUGGCGAGCUGGGCGUGAUGCCCGCGGGAGCAAAUUGGUCAACGUAUGGAUUCGGGACACCGGCAUAUCGUCACCUCUUCAAGACGGCAUUGCAAACCCAUUUACAGGAAGGGAAUUUGAUGGAUUUCAUCCUAGGACCUAAUCAGGGUCAAGGCGUGCCAGCGGAUGCAACAAACCCUGGGCUGCAGUGGGACAUGAUCCCAUACACUGCCGAGGUGCCUCAGAACGGCUCAUUCGAAGGAAUUCUUCCUGGCUGGGCUGAUGGAACACUCGUUUCCCUGGUAACUGCGUCGGUGUCCUCUACUCGCAACGCCUCUGCUCAAGUUGUUGGCACUGCAGGGGCAUCAAACAUCACCUACCAGGAGUACACCCUCAUGGCCGAUAGCCUGAAGCGGCAUCUGCAAGGUUUCGACGAAAACACGGGUCAUUUCAAGAUUUCUCUGCCUCGGGCGUCAACUGGAACACACUACCGCAUUUUUGCCUUUUACGAGCGGUUAUCAGGCUACAGAAACCUGCACUUCGAGUCGUCUCGGCACGAGACCAUCUUCGACAAUGGAUCAUAUGCCGUCGACCACUUUGACCGCGCGGGAGCUCAAGUGGUGAUAGAUUUCUGGCAGCAGCAUAUGCUUGUGGAUGGCAUUCCAGAACUCCUACACAAGGCUGGUCGAUAUGCGUGGGAAGACAGCCUUGAACUUCCAUCCAACGUGACCUGGUCUCGAACCCUGGCAUCCCGUUUUGAGAAGCUGUUCGGAUAUCAACUAGAGCUCUACAUGCCCCUUAUCACCUUCAAGCAGAACAAUCUGGCGGUUCAGGGGGAUUCUCCCGGGUCUUUCCACUGCAUCUUGGACACACCGGACCAGGGCCAGGGAUAUGUCAACGACUACCGAGCGGCACUGGUGGACGGGUAUAGGGAGUAUCUUGAGACUUUGGGCCAGUGGGUUCGACAAGCCCUCGGGCUGCAGCUCUCAGUCCAGCCUGCCUACGGAAUGCCCAUGGAUAUGCAAGCCGUUAUUCCUUACGUGGAUGUACCCGAAUGCGAGAGUUUGAGCUUUGUUGACUCGGUUGACUCUUAUCGCCAGUUUACAGGUCCCGCGCACCUAUCCGGGAAACGCAUCAUCUCGAAUGAGAUGGGCGCAGUCAGGGGCUUGGCAUUCAGCCUUCAUAUCCCAGACCUUCUUUUCUCGAUCAACCGCGCUCUUGUCGGAGGCGUCAAUCGUGUCGUGAUUCAUGGCCAGACUUACUCGGGCAGCUACUUUGGCACGACGUGGCCAGGCUACACCCCCUUUAGGUACCUGUUCUCGGACCCCUGGUCUGCAAAACUCCCUUCGUGGGAGCACACUCUGCAGUCUGUCCUGGGGUACAUUGGAAGAGCACAGUAUAUUCAACAGCAGGGAGUUGCGAAGACGGAUGUCGCUAUUUACAACAAGCAGUCGGCAACAGCUUUUGCCACAGUCUAUGAUCAGGCAGACCUGCUCAAGAAGGGAUGGUCAUAUAGUUAUCUUAGCCCCGACAACCUUCUCGGUCCCCAUGCCACAGUCCAGGAUGGAGUUCUCGCCCCCGACGGUCCAGCAUGGAAGGCUUUAGUUGUCCCUAGCAGCCAGAACAUUACCUGUGCCGCCUUAGAGACACUCUCCCUUUUCGCCCGCAGAGGUCUCCCGAUUUUGCUCGCCGGUGGCCUCCCUGGCGAAUACGCUACCGGAUCCAAGGGACAUCACGCCGACUUCACCAGUCAACUACAGAGCCUUGUCAGAACCGAGAACGUCCAUCAGGUUAAGGCUGGGCGAGUUGCCAACAAACUAUCAUCGCUCAAUAUACGCCCCAAUGUCGGAGCAGAUGUCAAUGGCACUCUUUACACCACCUGGAGAGAAGACAAGACCUCGCGCUACGCCAUGUUGUAUGCAGAUUUGGAUCCCUUGCGUGGAUCCAUCGCCGUCAAAAGUUCAGCAAAGCCCUACUUCCUCGACCCCUGGACUGGUGAAACAUUUCCAGUGGCAGUUUACCAACGCGACAAUGACUAUACCACCAUUCCAAUCAGUUUAUCUGGGAAUCAGACGCUGUUUUUGGCAUUUGGCGAUGCCUCUGAACAGCGUGGAUCAAUUCCUCCCGUCCAUAUCAACACGACGAGCGCCAGCCUUGUAGCGGCCAAAGUCGAUGAUGAUGACGAGGAUGUUUUCGUGGUUUCAUUCAAGCAGUCCAAGGAUGUUUCCAAGGUUGUUUUAUCAAAUGGAACAGAUUACGGUGUCAACACGGCAAACAUACCCGAGCCUUUCCAACUAGUUGAUUGGAACUUGACGGUUGAGCACUGGGAAGCGCCUGAUAACUUCUCCGACUUGGCUGGGACUUUCAAGUACAACACUUCUCAUCAACUCGGCACUCCCACAUCAUGGACGGAAAUCCCUGCGCUAGUCAACACGUCCGGCAUCGGUUUCUAUAGCACCUCUUUUGAGUGGCCGCCCCUUACGGAACUCAAUUAUAGUCUCGGGGCUUAUCUGCAUAUCCCAAACGUUAAAGACGCAGUUAUUGUCUCUAUCAACGAAGUUUCCUUGCCUCCACUGGACCCUGCUCAUGCCCAUAUCGACAUUACUGAACAUCUGGUAAACGGCCACAAUCUUGUUCAGGUUCUUGUCCCAACAACCAUGUGGAAUUAUGUUCGGUCUGUCAUCGGCAACUUGUCAACUGCAGGAAGUCGACCUCUCCCCGUUACAUUGCAGAAACACAUGGGAGUACCCAUCAGUGAGCGUGUGGCGACGGGUUUACUUAGUCCUGUCACUAUCAUCCCGACCGUUUCUAUGAAACUUCACUUCUGA